UUGGUCAUUCUCAACCACCCCCUCACUGACAAAUCCUGCGAUCAUGGAAACAGCCUGCAUUCCCGUCUCUGGCCCUAACCGCAUGCGUACCGUGAUUUGGCUUGGCCGCUAUACAUUAUCGGGUAUCCCAUAUUUCCUCCACUGCAUAUUCUGAGUGAGGUCCAUCUAUAGCCCACACAACCACCAGAAAUCUCACAUCCACUAACGCACGCACGAAAUCGACACCAUUUCAAGCUUGCAUACACAAACUCACAACCAUGGCUUCCUUCUUCAUCACCGGCGCCUCUAGAGGAUUCGGCUUGGCUCUGGUCAAGGAGCUUUUAGCUCUGCCCACUUCCAAAGUCAGCAAAAUUAUCGCUUCUUCCCGCAGCGACUCUUCAGCCCUCAGUGAAGUUGUCAACAGCUCUUCUGGCCGUGCCGAAUGGGUCAAGCUUGACGUGACAGACCAAGAGUCCAUCAAGAAGGCCGCUGCCGAGACAGAGGCCAAGCUCGGCGGCAAGGGUCUCGAUGUCCUGAUCAACAAUGCUGGUAUCUGUGAAUAUGCGUUCCAAGGGACAAAGUCCAUGGACAACCUCUCUUCCAGCUUCCUGGUCAACGUCCAAGGCGUUCACUGGGUAACCCAAGCCUUCUUCCCACUUCUCGAAAAGGGCCAGCUGAAGAAGGUGGCCAACAUUUCCACUACCCUUGGCUCCAUCAGUCUGGCAGAGCAUUUCGUUCAGUUUCCUGGUCCCGCGUACAAGAUCACAAAGGCUGCUCUCAACGCUCUGACCGUGCAGUGGGCUCUUGACCACGAGAAGGAUGGCUUCACUUUCAUUGCUCUUUGCCCUGGCUGGAUGAAGACAGAGCUCGGAGGUGGUGACAUGGCCGACUUGACCGCUGAGCAGGGCGCCAAGGCCUCUCUCGACAUCAUCUUCAACAAGAGCCAAAAGGAAGUCAACGGGAAGCUACCCAAGGUAUUCGUCGAGGGCUGGGACAAGCCCGCUCCGGGGAGGGCAAACGUGUACGAUGGCACCAACGCGCCUUGGUGAAUGGCCAGUAAUGGUGAUGGCGAGGUGCAUGUGAAUACAUGCUGGCAGGCCGAACGUGGAAUAGAAACAGUUCAUCCCAUGUGCAUUUCUUCGGCUUCAAUGCCGUGUAACACCAAAUGCUGUAUCACCACCAAGGUUAAGUCAUCUCGCGUCAAGAUGCCAAUCACGAGCGCACGAUCUCCGCAUGGCUACAAUGGCAUGAUCUGGCACACAGGAAGCAGGGUCACAGCCAAGGCUGGGUAGCGCAUGCGCUCGGGUAGUCUUUCGCCAUGUGAAAAUCGAAUGAGGCUCUCACCAUGACAUUCCAGAAGACGACAGCUGGACCCUUCACCAUCCACCAAGUGCAAGCCAAGUCCAAGUCGUCAAAAUAAGGUCGGCGGCGUGGAACUAGGGUGGAUCUGUCAACGACAAGCGAUUUAGCACAGCAUUAGCGGUUAUCACGACGGGGGUUGCGCUGGACCCAUGCUGAUCUGGGGUCCUGACACCUUGAGAGAGAAAUUCCUUGUGACUGUUUGUUUGGUCAUCACGUCGUCUUUCUGACACCCAACUUCGCAAAGAAAGGCCAAUCGGUUCACCAUCGCCUUAAACCCCGCUGCUUCCACCACGGAACGAGGGCGGAAUGACAGCGGAACUUUGACCGCAUUGACUGCCAAACCCCCAAGCGCAAGUCAGGAAGGUCCUCCCGGGAGCGUUGUAGCCUACAUGUGUAUCGAUGUUGAUGGCGUGUAUUCUUCAAAGAGGCAACUGCUUUUUGACCGAGGAACGACGAUUCCAUGCCGACUAUUGGCCAUGAUUGGUCCCCCCUCCUGUUCACACUUCAAAGUUUCCCCGAGAAACUUUAUGCUUAUCUUCUGCAUCGUGGUAUUUAUUGCUUGAAUCAUGAAAAUCCCUCUGGGAACACGGGACGACUCGCUGUGCGGAUACGAUCGUGGAUGUAUUGCUUUGUUCGUCGUUGUGUGUGUGUGGGGUGUGUGUAUGGCUGCCUUGUUCCUUGCUGGCACUGUCUUCUUAUCGCCGAUGAGAUGGCCAACAGCUUUCGGGAUUAACCACUCCGGUCCGCUCUCCGGCUAAAAGUGAUAUUGUGUUCGUGCAGUUACGGUGGAGAUGAGUUGCAAAAGAAACAAGAAUAGGUAUGCGAGUGUGUGUGAAAAGUCUUGUUUGUUGUACCCAGGUAACUUUUUUAUCUUCCAAUUCAUGCCUCCUCCAAAAUUCCAAAAACCCCCGGUCCGUAUAGUUGUGACGGGUCAAAAGAAGGCCAGGUGCCUGAGAUAUCUCCUGAGCCGGAGGUAGCAUGUAUAUCCUCGUUCAUUCCGGACAUGUACUCGUCCACUGACCUCAUGUCUGACAUGGUCUCUGAAAGCCAUGGAUUAAUGUUGUUAGCUCCAGGUGCCGAGGUCGCCAGUGGUAGUGAUAUGCUGCUCAUAUGUGAUGUUGGU